AUGAAAAGCAUCGAGAAACACAUGAAGAGCAUGCAAGGGUUAGGAGGGCACAAAAGUGUCGCAUUCAAAGACUUAUGUAUGUUCCCAAAUGUCCACCUGCCACCUGGGUUCAGAACCCCUAAGUUUGAUAAGUAUGAUGGACACGGUGAUCCCAUAGCCCACCUUAAGAGAUAUUGUAAUCAACUUCGGGGUGCAGGGGGUAAAGAAGAAUUGCUCAUGGCUUAUUUUGGUGAGAGCCUGACUGGUGUUGCCUCAGAAUGGAAGACUGUUUCACACAGCAAUCAAAAUUGGGGAAAUGGUCGAAAGUGGUCUCAAAAUAGGAAGGAUCGUGAGCCAGUAUCUCCAUCUCCGUACACGGUCUUAAAUGCUCAGUCAUAUGUGCAUCCUCCCAAUCGACCACAUUUUCAGGCCCCAUCUCAAGGAAACUUUCGCCCACAACGGCCACCCUAUCAGGUCCCUUACAACUCUCUUCUUAUGCAGAAUUAUGCUGAAGAUCAAGCACAGAAAAAGAAAUUCACUCCAUUUGGAGAGUCGUACUCCAACUUGUUUCAAAAGUUAAGAAAGAUAGGAGCGAUUCAGUGUAUCCCACCACAUCGUCUGAAUCCAAAUGCUCCAGGUUUCCAAGCCAAUGAAAGAUGUGAAUACCAUUCAGGAGCCCCAGGACACAACACUGAUAAUUGUUGGACCUUGAAGGGAGCAAUAGAGAAACUAAUCGAGCAUGGAGUUUUUGUUGUGACAGAUGAUCAAAACACUCCCAAUGUGACCAAUAACCCACUUCCAGCUGAAAACAACUUAUUGGGUAUGGUUUGUGAUGAUCAAGAGUACAAAUUCCUCAGCAAAAUGGGAAAGUUGUUUAGGAAGAUCGGAGAAGAAGGCAAGUCAAUGAAGAGUUUAGAACCAGUUGCAUCUCUGAGUGUGGAAGGUAUCAAUCUUGACACCAAAGUCUUGUGCGUCCCGGGGGUAUCAAAGGGGAUUGAACUUCCAGUAUUUGAUUCAAAGGUUGUCCCUUGGAACUAUAACAAAACCGCAGUGGUUUAUCGAGGAAAGGAGAUUGUCAAAGAAGUUGAUGAAGCGGGGGGUUUGACACGCUCUGGAAGAUGUUAUUCUCCAGAAGAAUUAAGAAAAGGGAAGAUGACUGAAAAUAUCGAUGUACCACUAAAAAAAGCAGUUACUGAAGAAGAAAAUGUAGAAUUUCUAAAAAAGCUUAAGGUUCCAGAUUACUCUGUCGUGGAACAAUUGAAGAAGACGCCUGCACAGAUUUCACUGUUGUCUCUACUUUUGCACUCAGAAGAACAUCGCCUUGUGUUGAAUAAGGAGGGAGCUGGACACAACAAAGCUUUGCAUCUUACAGUGACAUGUGAAGGUUACUAUGUCAAAAGGGUCAUGAUAGAUGGAGGGUCAGGGGUAGACAUAUGUCCUCUUUUUACGCUGCAAAGCUUGAAAGUUAACACUGACAGAAUUCGCCCCAGUAAUGUAUUUGUGCAAGCUUUUGACGGCUCAAUGAGGGAUACCAUUGGUGAAAUCAAGUUAAACAUGACAAUUGGGCCAGUAGUCUUUACGAUUGUGUUCCAAGUAAUGGAUAUGGAAACAUCUUAUAAUUUUCUACUAGGAAGGCCAUGGAUCCACAUGGCUCGAGCCGUCCUAUCAACUCUACAUCAAGUUGUCAAGUUUGAGUACAACACUGUUCAUGGGGAAGAUGAUUCACCUAUUUACAUAGAUCCAUCCGUCCCAUUUAUUUAG